UUCUUUUUUCUUUACAAGAACACGAGUAGAUUUGAUUUUUUUUAUGGGGGGAAAUAUCGUUAAUGUGAAGAAAAGCAAAUGAUUUGCAGUAGAUUAUUUUCAGUUCACUUAUACCUGCUUAGUUUCAUUCAGUGCAAUUUAAAGCAUGUGAAUUACAGACGGCAAUUUAGAAAGCCAAGAUGUUCCACACAGUGCAGAAAAAUUUAGUUCUCCUAAUUCCAACUAUAAAUAUUCCAUCAAAUGCCAUUCUGAAAGCCAGCCUUAUCUGUAACCACAGCAUCUCUAAAACGUCCAACAGUCUAACCACCCUAAGAAUGUGUCUGAAUCACACCAAGCAUUAUCAUUCGAAAUCAUUUUUGCCGCCACACUCUUUAAUAAAGAGUGGAAUGCCAUACACAAAUAAUAAUGUCCAAGUUCUCAGAGUUUAUAAUCAACUAGUGUCCUCAUGUAGACAACUAGGAAGAGAUAAAAUUGUGAAAGUUCGUUCUGCCUUUACAAAAAAUAUGAACAAGGGAAGUUUGCGGCCAAGAAGAGAGACGCUGGGAAAGCUAGUGCUAAUGUCAUCAUUUCUGGCACCAACAAUGUCCUUCAAUAAUGCUCAAGUUGAGAAGAAAAUCCCAGUCAUAGAAAUCACUAGAAAGGCUAAGAAGAAUAGUAGUUACCUCAUUCAAUUAUUUCUGGAGAUAUAUGAGGCCUUUCGAUUAUGCCUGAGAGCAUUACGGCUGGUGAUUACAUUUAUGCCGAUCUUCGCUCUCUAUCCCAUGACUUUCUUUGGAGAGAGGAGUAAAGAUUUGUGGUGGUUCUUGCUUUUGCGAGGAAUUGAGUUUUUCGGGACCUAUUCUGAUCAAGUUAGGACAGUGGGCCUCAACACGGAGAGACUUGUUCCCAGACUCUUGUUGCCGCCAGUUUGCCAAGCUCCAGAGAAGUGUCAAACCACACUCGUGGAAGUACAAAAAUAUAUGAUGAGGAAAGCCUUUGGUCCUGAAUGGUGGAAGAUCUUUGUCAAGUUUGACAAUAACAGAAACCCAGUGGGGUCUGGGUGUGUUGCUCAGGUUUAUAAGGUUUGGAUGUCAGCAGAAGCCGUCGCAGAUGAAGAAAUACUCACUGAAAUUCUGUCUGAAAUGGAGGAUGAUGUUUCUGAUUCAUUUGAAGGUAUGCAUGUCAUAGGAUUCAGGAGUUUAUUUGGCAUAGAUGAUGGAGAAGAAGUAAAGCAGAAGAGGAUACUAGAGGAAUGGAGGGAGAAGCGAGACCAGAUGAGGAGAGAAAAGGAGGCGCAGAGGA